UCUUCUUAGGUGGUCUCCCAUCCAAGUACAACCCAGGCCUGACCCUGCUUAGCUUCUGAGAUCAGAUUUGUCUUGUUUAGGGUAGCAUGGCUGUAGACAAGGACAUUUUCUUUAAACAUAUUGGGCUGGAUUGAGAAACUAGUUUGCAUUGAGGGAGGUGACCCAGUUGCUGCAAGAUCGGGAGGCCAGCCAGGGAUGAAAACUUUGAAUAAUCUGUGACCACACACUGGGUACCAGGGAGUUGACCACAGUGGACGAAGGGCAAGAGCAUUGGUUUUGGAGUCAGACAGACAUACUGUGCUCUGCCAGCCUGCCUCUGGAGCUGUGACACCAGCUUAGAUCCAGGUUCAAAAGGUUGCUGCAAGGGAGAGAUAAAAUGUGUGUGGAAGUUCUUCAUAAACAGCAAGCAGCUGUAAAUUAUUAAUGUUAGUGUCUGGUCUUAUUAAUAUUUCAGGCUCUGCCAUCCUGUGUUGUCCUUGUUAAGACCCCUCAAGAGAGUUUAUCUCUUGAUAGCCCCAGUGUCGAAACAGGUUUGGCCUUCGUAUUUUUAUUUAAUGAUGUUAAACCUUGCUUUCCGUGGCAAGAUAGUGUUAUAGCGCGAAUGAUUCUGAGACCCACGGAGCCAAUUGAGAUUAAUUAUGAGCCUUUAUUAGCCGGCCGGCACUGACUCUCUACCACGCAGGGUUAGAGGAGAUCAGCCCCGGGGUUUGAGAGUGAGGCAGUUAUAAAGCUUAGAACAAGCAAGCAGGUUACAGAAGCAGAAGUUGGCCAUUAGCACAAUACCUCACCUAGUACCACAUCCUGGUUAACAAGACAUUUGGAGAAACAGGGCCAAGAGGUGAACAGAUUUGUCCCAGGUCUCAUGGACUGAAUGGCUAAGCCAGGACUAGAACUCAACAAAAAUAGCGGAGCCAAGUCUGUACUAGAGCUAGCUCCCAGCAUCCAUGUUUGUUUUGCUUUUGCAAGAGUCCUUGAGGUAGCUAUUACUAUCUUCUGAUUAUAAAUGAGAAAACAGGCUCUGAGAGAUUAAAGGACUUCAGCAAAGUCACACAGCAGAGGGUGCAGAAGCCAGUCGAGCUUGCCUGACAUCCAUCAACCAGGUCCUGGACACCUGGUCUCAGCCCAGCUUUGCCUGCCUUGCUGUGUGGUCUUGGUUCCCUGCCCGGCCCACAGCAAUGGCCAUGCUAGGGGUCCAGAAGCUCAGUCACCUUCUGCCCAGUUUGCGACAGGCUGACCAAAAGCCUCAGCCGUCUGUGCAGCCAGAGCCUGUCUUCACGGUAGACCGAGCCAAGGUGCCACCCCUCUUCUGGAAGCCGUACAUCUAUGUGGGCUACCGGCCGCUGCAUCAGACCUGGUGCUUCUACUUCCGCACACUGUUCCAGCAGCACAAUGAGGCAGUGAACGUUUGGACCCACCUGCUGGCAGCCCUGGUGCUGCUGCUGCGGCUGGCCAUCUUUAUGGGGACCGUGGACUUCUGGGGAGACCCCCACGCCCUGCCCCUCUUCAUCAUUGUCUUCUCCUCCUUCACCUACCUUUCCUUCAGUGCCUUGGCUCACCUCCUCCAGGCCAAGUCGGAGUUCUGGCAUUACAGCUUCUUCUUCCUGGACUAUGUAGGUGUGGCUGUGUACCAAUUUGGCAGUGCCCUGGUACACUUCUACUAUGCCAUUGAGCCUGCCUGGCAUGCCCAGGUGCAGGCCAUUUUCUUGCCCAUGGCUGCCUUUCUCGCUUGGCUUUCCUGCACUGGCUCCUGCUACAGCAAGUAUAUCCAGAACCCUGGCUUCCUAGGCCGCACUUGCCAAGAGAUGCCCUCAGCACUGGCCUAUGCACUGGACAUCAGCCCAGUGGUGCACCGCAUCCUGGUGUCCCCCAACUCUGCCACGGAUGACCCUGCUCUUCUUUACCACAAAUGCCAGGUGGUCUUCUUCCUUUUGGCUGCCGCUUUCUUCUCGGCCUUCAUGCCUGAGCGCUGGUUCCCUGGCAGCUGCCACGUCUUUGGACAGGGCCACCAGCUCUUCCAUGUCUUCUUGGUGCUGUGCACGCUGGCUCAGCUGGAGGCUGUGGCACUGGACUAUGAGGCCCGGCGGUCCAUCUAUGAGCCACUGCACACCCGCUGGCCCCACAACUUCUCUGGCCUCUUCCUGCUCACUGUGGGCAGCAGUGUUCUUACCGCAUUCCUCCUGAGCCAGCUGGUAUGGCGCAAACUCAAUCAGAAGACCCAGUGAAGGAACGUGGCAGCUGGUAGGGAGGGAGGUAGAGUGGGAGCCCAGGGGUCCGGGCUUGGCUCCAGAUGGGAACAAGGCCUGGUAAAGUUGUUUGUGUGUGGCC